AUGUCCAACCCACCGGGAAUCAACAAAUCCGGAAGCGCUGGAUCCGGUCAAGCGAGCGGGGAACAACCGUUCAAGGACACCAUCAUCCAGCUGCUCGCCAAUCAACACGCGCUGAUGGAGGAGCUCACCGAACAGGUGAAGAACCUGCAGGCGGCGCCCCGGAACGAGCUGGUGCUGGACUCCUGGCCACGAACAUCACGGAAUUUGUUCGACGCCGACGCGUCGUCGCUCGAUGACGCUGCGAAAGUCCGGCUGCUUCUGCGGAAGUUGUCCCCGGCCGCGCACGACCGGUACACGUCGUUCAUCCUCCCGAAGGUUCCAAAGGACUUCAAGUUCAAGGAGACCGUCGACAAGCUCAAAUCCAUUUUCGGCACACCCGUGUCGAUCUUCCAUCGUCGCUAUCAAUGUCUGCAGACAGCGAAGGACGAGUCAGAGGAUUUGAUCAGCUAUUCCUGCAGAGUCAACCGCGCCUGCGUGGACUUCCAGCUGAAGAAGCUCGACGAGGAACAACUGAAGUGCCUGGUGUUUGUGUGUGGACUUACGGCUGCCAAGGACUCAGACAUCCGUAUGCGUCUGUUGUCCAAGAUCAACGAAUCUCAGGGCAUGACCCUCGAGAAGAUCGUAGAGGAAUGCAAAUCGCUCGCUACUCUCAAGCAGGACACCGUCCUAAUUGGGAGCCAUGCAUCCUCCUCCGUGCAGCUGUCCACAAACGCGGUCCGGACCGAGACGAAGCAGAAGCCCAAGGGGAAGUUCGGAGGCAAGCAGCGCGACAACAUCCCGAAAUCACCGUGCUGGUCGUGCGGCGGAAUGCACUAUAUGGACGAGUGCAAGUUUCGGGAGCACAAGUGCCGGGACUGCAACAGAGUGGGACAUCGCGAAGGCUACUGUUCCUGCUUCUCAGCAAAGAACCGGACCAAGAAGGAGCACAAGUUCCAGCCGAAGCCGCAGCAGAAGCAACGCUCGAGCAAGAGCGUGACCGUCGGCAGCAUCCAGCAGGGUCGGCGCUACACAACCGUCGGCAUCAACGGCGUGCCGGUGGAGCUUCAACUAGAUUCCGGCUCGGAUAUCACCAUUCUCUCAUAUCAGAACUGGGAGAAAGCUGGACGUCCUCCAACGGUUCCACCGGACUGCUCUGCGAGGGCAGCCUCCGGGGACAAGCUGAACAUCUCUGGGAUGUUUUCGGCUACCAUCAGCAUCGGCGGAGUCCACAAACAAGGCAAGUGCUACGUGAGUGGACCGCAGCUUAACCUCAACGUCCUCGGAGCCGACGCCAUGGACAAGUUUGGCCUCUGGGAUGUUCCACUGUCGUCCAUCUGCAACCUGGUGGCCAGUGCGGACGAAGACGCUGACGUUGCCGAGCUGAAGUCGCGGUUUGCGGACGUGUUCAGCGAUCGCGCUGGUGUCUGCAAGAAGACGCAGGUUCACCUCGACCUGAAGCCAGAUGCGAAGCCUGUGAUGAGCUGCAGCGACUCCAAGAUCUGGGCAUCAUCACCCCGGUCACGUACGCGGAUUGGGCCGCGCCCAUCGUGGUCGUGCGGAAACCGGAUCGCUCUAUCCGGAUCUGUGCCGAUUAUUCGACCGGGCUGA